UCCGGCUGAAUGUCAGUGCUGGACUGUGGGCCGGGGAGGGGGAAGGUGCUUGGCAGUCUCUCCAGCACCUCCGCCGCUGCCUCCUCCGCUUGUGCCACCGCCACGGGCGCCGGGCCGCUCGGCCGCUUGGGCAUGAGACCGUGAGGCAAGCGACUGGCUGGGGCCGCCGACAUGUUUGGCCGCUCGCGGAGCUGGGUGGGCGGGGGCCAUGGCAAGUCUUCCCGCAAUAUCCACUCCUUGGACCACCUCAAGUAUCUGUACCACGUUUUGACCAAAAACACCACCGUCACAGAGCAGAACAGGAACCUGCUGGUGGAGACCAUCCGAUCCAUCACCGAGAUUCUGAUCUGGGGGGAUCAGAAUGACAGCUCUGUAUUUGACUUCUUCCUGGAGAAGAACAUGUUCGUCUUCUUCUUGAACAUCCUGCGGCAGAAGUCAGGCCGCUACGUGUGCGUUCAGCUGUUGCAGACCUUGAACAUCCUCUUUGAGAAUAUCAGUCACGAGACCUCACUUUAUUAUUUGCUCUCUAAUAACUAUGUAAAUUCUAUCAUUGUCCAUAAGUUUGACUUUUCUGAUGAGGAGAUUAUGGCAUAUUAUAUAUCGUUCCUGAAAACGCUUUCGUUAAAACUCAACAACCACACGGUCCAUUUCUUUUACAAUGAGCACACUAAUGACUUCGCCCUGUACACAGAAGCCAUCAAAUUUUUCAAUCACCCCGAAAGUAUGGUUAGAAUUGCUGUAAGAACCAUAACGUUAAACGUCUACAAAGUGGAUAACCAGGCCAUGCUGCACUAUAUCAGAGAUAAAACUGCUGUCCCUUACUUCUCCAAUUUGGUCUGGUUCAUCGGGAGCCAUGUGAUCGAACUCGAUAACUGUGUGCAGACGGAUGAGGAGCAUCGGAAUCGGGGGAAGCUGAGUGACCUGGUGGCUGAGCAUCUGGACCACCUGCACUAUCUCAAUGACAUCCUGAUCAUUAACUGCGAGUUCCUCAACGACGUGCUCACAGACCACCUGCUCAACAGGCUCUUCCUGCCGCUUUACGUGUACUCGCUGGAGAACCAAGACAAGGGAGGAGAACGACCGAAAAUCAGCCUGCCGGUUUCUCUCUACCUUCUGUCCCAGGUCUUCCUAAUUAUACAUCACGCACCCCUGGUGAACUCAUUAGCUGAAGUCAUUCUGAACGGCGAUCUGUCUGAGACGUACACUAAGCCCGAACAGGAUGUUCAGAGAAGCUGUGCCAAGCCCAGCAUUCGGUGCUUCAUUAAACCCACCGAGACGCUAGAGCGGUCCCUUGAGAUGAACAAGCACAAGGGCAAGAGGCGGGUGCAAAAGAGACCCAACUACAAAAACGUUGGGGAGGAAGAAGAUGAGGAGAAAGGGCCCGCCGAGGAUGCCCAAGAAGACGCCGAGAAGGCUAAAGGUACAGAGGGUGGUUCAAAAGGCACCAAGACGAGUGGGGAGAGUGAAGACAUUUUCAUAUUGAAGAUGGAAGAAAACAACAUUUUCGUCGUAUUAUGCUUUAUUAUUUCAAGAAAGGUAAAAACACAACUAAAACGCAAAAAAAGAUUUGUGCGGUGUAUGGAGAAGGUGCUGUGACUGAUCGAACAUAUCAAAAGUGGUUUGUGAAGUUUAGUGCUGGAGAUUUCUUGCUGGACGAUGCUUCAGGGUUGGGUAGACCAGUUGAAGUUGAUAGAGAUCAAAUGGAGACAUUAAUUGAGAACAAUCAACGUUAUACCACACGGGAGAUAGCCGACCUACUCAAAAUACCCAAAUCAAGCGUUGAAAAUCAUUUGCACCAGCUUGGUUAUGUUAAUCGCUUUUGUGUUUCGGUUCCACGUAAGUUAAGCGGAAAAAAACCUUGACCGUAUUUCCUCAUGCGAUUCUCUACUUACACAUAAGGAAAGCGUUCCGUUUUUAAAGCAAAUUGUGACAGGCAAUGAAAAGUGGAUGCUGUACAAUAAUGUGGAACGGAAGAGACCAUGGGGCAAGCGAAAUGAACCACCACCCACCACACCAAAGGCUGGUCUUCAUCCAAAGGUGAUGUUGUAUAUAUGGUGCGAUUGGAAGGGAGUCCUCUAUUAUGACCUUUUUCCGGAAAACCAAACAAUUAAUUCCAACAAAUACUACUCCCAUUUAGGCCAACUGAAAGCAGCAGAAAAGCAUCGAGAAUUAGUCAACAGAAAACGCAUAAUCUUCCAUCAGGAUAACGCAAGACUGCAUGUUUCUUUGA